AUUUGCAUUUGCAAUGGCCACCGCGCCACUAGUAGCAGCUACUGUGUCGUGUGGGGAGAAUUUUUUUUCUUUCGUGAAUUCGGUUUCCUAAUGGGCCCAACUUCAAAGUGUUUUGUGGAUCGUGUGACGUAACGUCGGGGGAGUUACGUGCUGGUUUCUUUUUUUUUUCUUGUGGACGGAUAAAGUGUGAUUGAUGGUGGAUUAUGAAAUUGAAGACGCACAUAAAUUGAAAAAACGAGAAGAUGUAAAAAAACCUGGUGAAUUGGUGAUGUGAAAUGAGGAAAAAAAGCAACCGUCCGUCGGUUGAUGGCUAUUUUUAGACGGAACGCGAAUUGUAGGCGAGAAAAGUGACCCUGUGUGUUACGUUUGUGUUGGGGCAAAAAAAUGACAUGAAAAAUUUCAGUACGCAAUGGAACGAUAGAUAGAGUCAGUCGGAAGGCAGAACUCUCUGAAGCUUAAGUGAGUGAACUUAGUUGUUAGUGGUUGAAUAAACUGUGUGAAGAACAUGAACUAGCUUUAAAACUGGGCCUCUGUUUGAAUGAAACCCGCUUUAGAGAAAUAGCAAGAAAGUGUACGAGCUCAAUGCUUCUGUGUCUGUUUGUGUUUCUAUGGAAGAUGAUAAAAAAUAUGUCCACCAUAACGGCGACAAUACAGCAGGAGCAGCAGCUGGAGCUGCUCAAGCAGCAAUUGAUCGAGCACCAGCGACGAAAGUUGUGCCAUUUGCGGCGGCAAUCCAAGCCCGUCCCGGCGGCGGCGUCCGCUCACUAUCAGAAGCUACGAAAGUUGUGCCGCGAGCGAACGUCGUCCUCCGCCAAGGAGAACUUUAUGCUACAUAGAUUUUUGUUCGGUGAUGUGAAUACAAUUCCGGAGAACGGUCCGGUAAUCGGUGGUGGCGGUGAGCAGCAGCUGUUCGGUGCUGCAGAGACAGACAGAGAUAAAGGGAGUUUUUUGAAUGAAGAAGAUCGUAAAUUUCUUCGUAUGUCAGAGCAUCCAAAUCGUCAGAACGGGAAGUGUGUGUUGUCGCAGCAGAAUCAGUACUUCCUGAACCGUCAUCAGCAACAUCCGCCGCCGCCGCCAUCGGCUGUCCUAGCUAGCAGUCAUAAUAAUCAUCCGCAACGGCGCUAUCAUCAGCAGCAAUUAUCCCAGCAACAACUGUCCCAGCAGAAUUCACCCAAUCGUCGUCCAUUGGCUUCCAAUGUAAACUUCUGGUCUAAUAACAUCAACAAUAACAAUAGCAACAAUAGCAACUGUAACCUUAACGGUAAUGCACUGCACACAACUCCGACAGGACCGGGCACUGCAGCGCUCGGUUGUUUCUUUGGAGAAGACCAACAACACCAACGGCAGAACGCCGGCGAUGCUGAUCUAAGCGACGGUAAUCUAAAAUCCAAUGUACAGAUUGUGCUGGACAAUAUCAAUCGAAACUAUCAUGCCCUGCGGGGGCAAAUAUUGAGCAAUCAUCAUCAGCAGCAGCAGCUGGUGGUAAAUAAUAGUAACAAAACAAACAAUAAUAACUUCGGCAACGAGGGCGGCUUCGGCAGCCAGGCCAAUAAUCUAGUGCUACUGCAGCGCUUGCAGAGUGUCAGUCAGCAGUUGAAGAAGGGCGCGAAGAUGGCCAGUCCCGAUUCGGACACUAACUGUAAUCCUUAUCUACCGGCACCACCGUCGUUGCCGCUGAGCUGCUCGAUCGCUUCGUCACAGGAUUUCAGCCAUGACUAUUCGGACUAUCAGUGGUUCAUGGAUUACGGGAGCUACCGGGACGGGGUUACACACCAGAGCAUCCUGUCGGCGUUGUCCGCCUCCUACAACGGGAUCGGUGAGCUGUCCUACUAUGAGGACCUCGCUAAAAACAUUGACGCCAAUUUGGCCGAAGUGGACAUGGAAAAUUUCCAUGCUGAGGACAUCCACUCGCUGCUGACCACGUUGCCGACGAUGUGCAGCGAAAGUGCUGAGCUGCGUCGCGCAGCAAGGAACAACAAUCGGGGUGAACUGAUGAUGAUGAUGAACGGUUCCGGAGGAGCGGCGGAUGGCACUGGGACGGGUGCGGCGGCAGCCGAUAUGGACAAUUCCAUCUGCAAAUCGGAGCUGCUGUUUUCACCGGUCCGGGAGUCGCACAUCAGUGUGGACUCGCUGGACAUGGACGGGUAUCCGGAUGAGGACGAUAUCAUAUUGACUUGCCAGGCGAAUAAAAAUAACUACACGAUUGCGUUCGAGCAAAGUUUGCUGUAUUCCGACGAAAGUUUUUACGAUGGACCGGAGAACUAUGGCAAAUACAAGCAGAUGAAUUUGCUAAAUAAUUUGGACCAUAUCAUUCGGAAGAAGGCACAGGAAACAACAAUGUCCGUUUCGGAAGUGGGCUAUACCACCUGGAGUAAGCUCCGUAAAAAUGGACCCAAUCAAAGACUUCCGCUGGCGGCGACCAAUCCGUUGAUCAAUCAGAUCUCUCGCCAUGCACCGAGCUGCUUCGUGCGCAAAAGUCUCAGUAUGCCGGAUCUGAAGGAAAACUGUGACCUUCUGGUAGCGGCGGCGGCGGCCGCGACAUCGGUUGCUGACGCUAUCGCAGAGGACGCUCCAGACCACCACCAUGGUGGCAGCAACAAGGACCGCCAGCUGAACGUGUCUCAAGCGGCCAACAGCAGCUCAACCGUGAUGACAUCCGGCGAAUCGUACGGCAAGCAGAUGCGUACGCUUCUUCCGAUGUAUCCGGUACCGACGGAUUUCCGCCCGGAGAGUCCCAUGCCGCUGAAGGAUUCCAACUUGAACACCAAUGAGGAACAGACGCAGAAUCAGCCCUCGUUUAAUCUAGUCAAGUUGUUCAUCAAGCAGAAGAGCAGCUCGACCGAUACGUGUAUGGACGUUUCCUCGGGCUGCUGGCCUAGUGACUCCACCAACAGUGCAUCGGGCGGAGAGAAUAAUAACAACAGCAACACCAACCUGGCGGUCCUCAGCAGCAAGGAUCGUACGCGCAAGAAGAGUAUGAACGACUCCGGCAAGUGCUCGACCCUGGGACGCCACGAGGAGGAGGAAUUUCAAUUCGAUAGUUUGGAUGCACAAAUCAACAAUAAUAAUAACAAUAAUAACUUCGAUAAUAACGGCGCCACGGAACCGGCCACGGCAACGGGACAGGAUAAGCUCGAUCGCGGCAAAUUGAACGAUUUCAAUUCGCCAGUUCACAAACGAAACUACAAGUCCUAUAAUCUAAAUAUUGCCAACAAAAAUGUACCCGUCGUCAACCCGCUGGUGUACAACCUGAUGAACAAUAAUAAUAGCGGAAGUGUCAGCAACAGUAUUACCAAUAAUAAUAAUAACAACAACAAUAACAAUAGCUUUAAGGACACCAACUCGGAUGCUAGUCGUACGUCGGAGAAUCUGACGCAAAUUUUCAACAGCAACAACAACAACAACAACAGCAACAGCUCGUCGAACGGUUCGAAGACUAAGGUUCCGAUCGAAAUGAUCACCAAAUCGAUGCAGACGUCCUUCAUCGGAAGCAGCAGCGGCAAGGAGAAGGUGCGCAUCAUUCCGCCAUCGUUUCUCGAUCGACUGAACAAACUGGGCGACAAGCAGAAGGCUCCGGUUUUCGUUGUCUACCCGAACUACGUGCUGCCCGAUUUGAGCUUCCUGAAGGCACAGAACGACGUCGUCAUAUCACCGAUUUCGUACAAGGAAAGUGUUGGCAAGCGGGCAGCGCAGCUGCGCAAACCACGCCCCGUCUCGAUGAACGACAUCGAAAACAUCAAGGCGAAAGACUACAAACACGUGGUGGAUUGGCAGUCGUUGAUAACGCUGCUGCCGCCGGAGUAUCGCAAGUUGCUGCGCAACAUUCCGGAGGCGAAUGCGUACAGUAUAGCCGAGGGAGACGAGGUGCGGAAGCCAUUGUUCUGUAUGACACCGCCUCUGCGACGUGGUCGGGGCGUGACCUGUGAUUGUGUGAAUAUAUUGAAUAAUACUCAGACCUACAACAGUUCGAGCUCGGGCGGCAGUUCUAGUCAACCGCCCAGCUCCGGCUACCGUGGUUCGUCGACGAUGUUGACCGAUUCGGAGAUGGAUAUGCUCGGACCGGGUGCCGGAAGCGGUGGAUUUAACAACAAUUUGUACGUAUAUCAGUAUGAUAGUCCGGCCGAGGUUACCUCGGCGGAGCGGCCGCCCUCUGGGCGGGUAGCUCCGAAGAGUAUCCUCCGGAAGGCGUCCUCCGCGCAAAGGCAAUCGGCGAAGGUUAAGCGCAACAGUAUGUUCGAGGAGAACCAGAAGGUGCGAGCGAAUGUGGAAAAACGACGAUCUCUGCAGGAACCGUGCUACAAUUUUUCGGAGGAAAAUUUGAUUCUAGAGCAAUCGAUUGAUGAGAUGUGCGAGGCUGCUAACCUGCGGAAGGUUAACAAUUCACCGAACAUGUCUCAGCACCACCAGGCGCGUCUUCCGAAUACUCCGAAGCUUCCGUCGGCCGACGAUUAUCAUCGGUUGAACAAACUGAACGAACUGAAUGAUCUCGAACUGAACAAAGCCGUUAGCAGCAAGCUGAAUCGAGCACAGCAACAGCAGCAGCUAAGCCUCGAAGACGACCUAGACGCACGCAUCCGAGCGGAGAACUUCCUGUCCAGUGUGCCGAAGACUGAAUUGAAACAUUAUGCUGAACUUGCCCACAUACUGGAAAUGACCACCAACGAGGGAGCACCCGGUCCGUUGGAGGACCUCUACGAACGCACCCGACUAAGGCACGAGGUGAGUCGAGCGCUGUUCCAGCGCAAAAAUGUCUCCUUCGACCAGGGGCUACCACCGACCGCCGUCAACACGACUCCAGUUCGACACCAGCAGCCACAACAGCUGCUGCGGCCAACCGAUAUCAGGUUCUCUACACCUCCCAAUUCGCCAAACAUGAUGUCGGUGGUGACGCAGAAACCAGCCCAAAAGCCACCACACAAACCGCCGGUGGUCACUUCGCCGGCCAGCGCCGAACGCGAAAAGCAGGAUAAAAUUCAAUCGAACCGCUUCCGGCGGCUCCAGAUCCAGUGGGAACUGCUCAGCAAGGAAGGCCAGCAUCUGAAGCAGGAACUGCAGCAACAUCCACGAAGCGGUGGCAAUACACCGACGACGGCUGGUAUGAAGUCCAGAAUUCCGAGGCCCGUUAGCUAUCCGACGACGCGGGCAAACUCCGAUCCGGUGGUGAGCAAAACGCUCCGUUCGCCCAGCCGCAUUGUACCGCCGAAGAAGUAUAAUCCCGGUUCGGCGGCGAAUCUAGCCGCUGCCGUCGCAUCGCCCCAGCAGACGACUCCACCCAUGCCGGCCCCGAGGACCCCCAGCAAGUUGCUGCACACGACGCCGAAGAAGACUGCUCCGGCUCCGGCUCCGGCUACACCGAGACCGGCCACCCGCACACGGAUCCCGCUAGUAGGUUCAGGAGGUGCUGGUGGUGGUGGUGGUUCAAAGCCUCCGGCGGCGUCAGCGACAGCGACAGCGGCAGCAGGUAAGGUAACGGCAACGGUGGCGAAACCGGUUCUUCCAGCAGCCGCCAAGGUAACGCCGUCGGUCACCCGAAUGGCCGGUAAGACCGGUAAAGUUAUUAAACAACAGCAAAAACCCACAACAACAACAACAACCGGACGGCCAAAGGGGGGGACAACACCGUUCAAAGUCUGAAUAAAGGGAAAAGAGGCAUCAAAGAGGACAAGAAAAAUGCGUGCGUAAUUGACUGGCGCGCGGGGGAAGGGGCGAUGCUGUGCAGAGUUGUAAGUAGAGAAACUGGGGAGGUCCUUUCCCUCCCCGUGUGUAUUAUAGAGUAAGCUUAGAGAAAAAGUCUUAGAGAUGAAAUUGCUAGCGUUAAGAACAAAAAAGUCGUUUGUUUUUUUUUCCCCGCAGAUAAACAGAUACAGAGUAGAAGCGAAAAAAAGAAGUUCUACUAAAUCUGAAUAGUAGUGAGCAAAGUGUAUACAAAACAAAAGUGCGGAUAUUUUUUUUCUGUAUAAAGUUAGUAUCCUGUAGUGAGGGACUCUUGAAGAUUUGUUUCGGCAAAGCAAAGUUACACUCAUCUACACAGACUCGUAAAACAAUGUAGUGAACAAAACUAGAUUUAGAAUCGUUGUGCUAUCAGCAGCAGACACGUAGAGACAGCAGCGGCAUCAGCAGCAGCAG